CUUAUUCCCAGUCUUCAUGGGAAAACUACCAUAUGGCGGGGGCAUAGGCCGUGCUACAAGCCUUCUCACGACAAGUUGGCGCGAGCGACGCGGUCGAACAGUCGAAUGCCGACUUUUUGUAGGCUCGGGACUGUUGGGCUUCUCUCGUCGAUUGAUCCGCCAGCGCCUUCCUUGCUUGCCUCUGGAGCCAGCCGUGCCUCGCCAGGAUGAGGGACAUUGACCAGACUGGCAAUGGUAAGGACAUGUUCCCGUACAUCAUUCUCGCUGGAUUCUUCGUCGUUGUGGUGCUGCACACGCUGGUCAACCACAUGCGCGACUACCUGAGGCACGGCGGCGCCCCGCCCGCGCCGGCGGAGGGCGGCGAGGCGGACAGCGGGAAGCAGCUCGCCGGCACGCCCGAGGCCUCGGUGCACCACGGGCUCCGCGAGCGGCUGGAGGCGUUCCUCUGGGUCCUGUGCUGGAUGGUGUGCAGCGCGACCUUCGUGAUCUACAACAAGUGGCUGUUCACGAAGGGUGGCUUCCCGCACCCGAUUUACCUGACCACGUUCCACAUGGCUGUGUGCUUCGUGGCUUUCUGGUUUGUGCGCAUCGCGGCGCCCGUGGCGGUGCGCGACAGCAUAAUGCCGGACGCGGAGAAGGUGAUACCAUGGGACACGUAUUUGUACUGCCUCCUUCCCAUCUCGGUGCUCUACGGCUACUGCCUGGGCGCAGGGAACUUGGCCUUCAUGUUUUCGUCGGUCGCAUUCUUGCAGAUGGUCAAGCCGAUCAAUGUCCUGUUCACUUCCCUGGCGGCAUUUGCCUUCGGAUUGGAGGACCAUUACCGCCACGAUGACGCACGUGGUCAUCGUCUGCAUCAUCUGCGGCGGCGUCUCGCUCGCGGCAUCGGGAGAGACGUCGAGUUCAGCCUGAUCGGCUGCAUGCUGCAGCUGACGGCCUGCACCUGCGAGGGCAUUCGCCUGGCACUGCUCCAGAAGGUGAUGACCAAGGACCUGAAACUAGACCCCGUCACCACGGUGUACAGAUUCGCUCCCGUGGCCGGCCUCUCGCUGUGCCUGGUGGCGGUCUUUGUGGAGAAGCCGGUGGACUGGGGCAGGCUGAAGUCUCCCCCCAUGCUGUUCAUGAACUGCGUCGUCGCGUUGGUGCUGAACGUACUGAUCGUCACGGUCAUCAAGAAGGCGUCGGCCGUGGUCUUCACGCUCGCCGGCAUCCUGAAGGACGUCGGAGCCAUCGCCGCCUCGGUGGUCAUCUUCCAGACGCCCAUUGCGCCACUGGAGGUGAUGGGCUAUGGGCUCUCCGUGUGCGGCAUCUCCAUGUUCAAGUGCUACAAGGACAACAUCCAGACGUUCAAGAGCGAGGGCUUCUUCGGCGGCUUCCACCGCGUGCUGACGGGGUCCAAGUCUGCGGCUUCUGGCCGAUAGGAGUGCUGAGCAGGCCAGCUGGCGUCGACCCGCGCGGCGGCGGGCGCUGCGCCCGCGGCGCAGGCGUCUCGCAGAACUUGGGCUGCUGGCAGACGUGUGCAACUCGCGCGAAGUGAUGGCCUGAGUCCGAUGCGCGUGCUCCAGCAAGCGAGCCAGUUUUCACCGUGUUGGGUUGUUGCAUCCCUUGCAAGCCAGAACUCCCGAUCGGGACUUCAAGCAGCGCUUCACUGUCCACUUGUGUGGACUUGUUUUCCUUACAGGAGCGUUCUUCCUGCCGGGUCUGUUGUUGUGGCUUCGGCUAGGUUCCUUACCAGGGUGUUCAGCUAGACCUUUACGCUGGCAUGUAAAAUGGCGCCAGGUCAGACGUAGCAGGCAGGUCAGAAGAGGAACAGCUGGGGCCAGAUGGUGAACAUGGCUGCUCAAGCGCUGCUCUGCCAGGAUACGACAAGGUGUGCGAAUUUCUGCCCUGUCUGCCUGACUGCCUGCCGGCUCGCCUGCCUGCGAGACGGACCGCCCGGCCGUGCGUGCGAACACUCGCGUGCCUGUCUGUCCGUCUUGGCUGUGUGCACCGUGUAUGCAGAUGGCUCGGGCAAGUCCCAUCAGCGUGCCAGCGCAGAGGGGAGGCUCAGUUUACGACCCGCUCCGGUCAGCGCCCUGUCCGAACCGACACCGGUCUUGAACACCUCCUCCUUGUCCUCAG